AUGGACUCUGGUCAGGCACAGCUUCGGCAACAAAUACACCAACCUUCCUUCAUCUUCAAUCCCAACAAUAAGUUCAGAAGAGACGUUCCGCCACGCACAACGCCCAUCCUCAACAUGAACGGUAAUGAUAUGCCCAUCAAAAAUGAGGGCGUGGGAGCGCCCGCCGGAGUAUGGACGACACCGACGUCUCAAGGCAUGAGGCCUCGACCUGCUACCAUCCACGAGGGUUUCUCGUACAGCAUGAGCGACGAGUACGGCACACUCCCAUCGUGGGAUUCGUCACCUCUCCCCAUGCAGCAAACCCCCAGCGACGCCCUGUCUCGUCCCGUAUCCGUUCACCAGCAAGACUUUUAUCCCAUGACGACAAUGGAGAACAAUCGAGCAGCCUGGCAACAAAAGCCGUGUGAUGACAGUUUCGAGUUCCAAGGGCUGGACACGGAGAUGAUUGGACAGGCCUAUACGACUGACGAAGCCAUUCCCGUUCUCGAUCUGAGAUACGGUCAGCAGCCCGAGGGCGAGUUCAACUUUGACUGUGGACCCAACCCAAGACGCAUGUCUGGAUCAUCAUUCACCAUGUCAACAUCGGGUGCGCUUUCCGACAUGCCAUCCUACGAGGACUUUUCCGCCGCUCUAUCAGAGGCUCCCUCCUUCAGCUCAGACUAUCCGCCGCCAUCAAACCGCAACUCUUUGAUGUCUUCCACUCAGUUGUCCCCUGUGGCAUCCCCGCGGAUGACGCCUCAAAGCCGAUCUGAACUUGUCAGGACUCAGAGUCGCGGCAGAGCCUCUCCAUCACCACGCCCGGGCAUGCGAUCUGCCCCUUACAGCGUCGACCGCGGAACGACCAAGAGAUGGUCUACUGGAUCGUACGGGACCCAACAGAACCGUCGCCAAACCCCGUUCGUAUUUCAUCCUGGCCAUGACGCUUUUGGUGCCCAUCAGCGCAUGUCCUCAAGACACUCCUCGCCCACGAUCCAGCACAACCAAGUCCCUCUUAACUUCACCAAUUUGCAAGCCGCUCAACAGCACCCGUUCAUGAUGGCAGGCCCUCCGCAAUUCCAGAGAAACAGCAUGAACAGCAUGCUGCUUCCGUCUCAACUGCCUUCCAACGGCUUCCCUCACCCUGAUGCUCAUCACUUCGAGGCGCCGCCACCAUUUCUGUCCCACGGGCUCUUCCGCAUGCUUCAGAGCAACGCGGACCCGCAUUCCCUUCACAGCCAUUACACCGACCUGUCUGACCCGCCCGACUUGUACGCCUCUCUGCACGAGGAGCAGGUCCCGCCGCCCCCAGAGGACAUGAAUCCAUCUGACCCUGAUCUGGUUCCCCAUGAGCAGGAGCUUCGUUUUGAGGGCGACCUGUACACUCCCAGAUGGGUUCGCGGCCAUGGCAACAAGCGCGAGGGUUGGUGCGGAAUCUGCAAGCCCGGUCGCUGGCUAGUGCUUAAGAAUUCGGCAUUCUGGUAUGACAAGUCCUUCACCCACGGCAUCAGCGCCGCCACUGGAAACCCUUUCCAAGAGCCUCAAGAGACACGCCGGAUGGAUGGCAACCCAGACGUGUGGGAGGGACUUUGCGGCAGCUGCAAUGACUGGAUCGCGCUCGUGAGCAGCAAGAAGAAGGGUACCACGUGGUUCAGACAUGCGUACAAGUGCCACACCCACCCUAAGAUCAAGGAUGCCCCUAAGCGUCGACGGGAAAGUAGCCACAACCGCGCCCUAGCGGCGUCACAGAUGGCCAAGCCAAAGGUCGAGCCGCAACAGGUUCCUCCUCCUAUGCCACAGCAGGCUCCCAUCACUCCCCAGAUGACGCCGUCGGCGGCUUCGGCCACCAACACGCCAACACCGGCGCAGAUCCCGCAGAUUCCGCAGAUGCAGCAGCAGCAGCAACAGCAGCAACAACAACAGCAGCAGCAGCACCUUCAACAGGUACCGCCGAUGCCCCCCCAGAUGCACCAGGGUCAGAUGGGCCAUGGUCAAACCCAGGGCGUCAUCAAUCCUAUGGAAGGCAUGCCUGGUAUGAUUUAG